CGAACAUCUGAAUGGGUGUUUCUCCAGACCUAGACCACACCAACAUGUGGAGGAAGUGGCGAGGAUCCCUCUUUCUGCUGACAUGGAUUACGCUUCAAGUUCUAUGUCCAGCUGUCUCUGGCCUGAGACACAAGACUGCCUGUUACAACUUCACGCUGAUAGUGGAUCCUCCGUGUCCCACUACAGAGAUGCUUCUUCCUACCAUGUUUACACUCGGGGUGUCCUCUGAUGUCACAUGUCACAGUGAAAUAAGUGGAACAAGCUUAAGACAGAAGGUAGUAGAGGAAAUCAGACGUUGCUGUCAACAGAGUGAGAAUGAUGCAGUUACAGAUUACUGCUUUCCUGCUAUGAAGCACCAACUCAAGGAUCACUACUACCUGGACUUUGUGAACACGUGCACGGCCGCCACAAAAUGUAUGCUGUCUACACCUCUUGGUAAAGUGCAGCACACUGAUGGUAAAGACUAUGUAACAUUUACGUUUGAAUGUGUGCACAAGGACACGGUGCUGCACAUCCAACGUGACUCUACACUCACAGGACAGGAGGUGUACCUGUACAACGACCAACAUGACGGGAUGGCCCAUGCUAACUGUCUAGCAUACUCUCAUGAGUGUGACUCCCAUGUCAUAAUACAACUUGCUGCAGCCCGAGUUGUGUCUGCCGCCUGCAGUGUGAACUUCACUGAUGGGGAUGUGUCAACCAUGGUGGACUGUAAGAACCCACCUGCAUCAAGAAACUGUUCCAGCGCAAUGUUUGAGAGCAAGUCCAACUAUGUUAACAUGUCAAUAUUCAUGACAGUCGAUCCUGGACGUCAAGAAAAAGAGUAA